GCUUCCACAACAGCAGAAGCAACAGCAGCAACAGUCACAGAACCAGAUGAAGCACCAUUCGAGGUGCAUGAGAUGCGAAUUACGAACCACGGCAAGAUCAACGCGUGGGUCGAUUAUGCACUGCAGUUUUUCGAGGUGAACGAGGACAAGGCUCUCGUUCUGCAUACUCUGCCUGCGAAACCUGCACGGAAAGAAGUACCCGCAGAAGAGCUAGAAGAAGGAGAGACCGAGGAGCAAGACAACAGGAAGAAAGGAACGGCGAAUCCUAAUCUGCCAACAUCAACUAUUCCCCGGUUAAUUUCAGUGGUGGAGAUCAUCAAGAGAGAGUAUGUUAAAGCUAUGGCUGCAAAUAAGGUUAUGGAGGUGCAGGGAUUGCAUCAGUAUAAUCAAAUCGGAUAUUUGGAGGAGACAGAAGGUGAGGAAGACGAGGGCGAGGAGGACUUCCUGAAGACACUGGAAACGGCCUUGAGUGGUAGUAAACACGUGAAGAUGAAGAGGACAGCGUACAUGAAAGUGACGCUUUGCCGACGUGAACUUAGUUCUCUUGUACAGAAAGGCGCGACGUACCAAAAACCGGUCAAGAGAGAGAUGUCGAAGUCUGCGAGAGGAAGAUUGAAGAAGAGGAUGAAGAUGACAGAUAAAGAAGAAGAGGACGGGGCUGCAGAGACGAUGGACACUGACUAAGCAGACACAAUAGCGAGCGGAGUGGGAAAGAGGCGGAGAUAGCCGAGGAGGGCCCGUGUUUGUUGCGGGACGCUCGCUGCUGUUGUCGACCGACAGACCCCCGUCCUCGCCGUUCUCCACAGCGCCGCGCCUGCUCGCCACGGCUUCUGCUUUUAUUUGUACACAGCGUCGUUACAGCCUACUGCUAUUUUCUAUAUCUUUCCGUUGAAGACGCGCGACAACAUUUGCCGAGCAAAGAAGACCGGCACAAUAACGGCUUGCCAAGUUAGCUAAAGCAGGAUUGAUCUUUCCCCGCGCGCACGCCCCGAUGCCUCGUCGCUCCCAGACGCGCUCGGCCGCGCUCGCCACCCCCGCCGUCGCGUCCUCGUCCACUGCCUCUCGCAACAAGAACGCGCAUCUCGUCGUCGCCCAACCCAUCGUCAAUGAGGACCCUUUCUAUCCCCAAGUCUCCCUUCUCCGGAAGCAAUGGAAGUGGGCUACGUUCAGCCAGUUCUUCUACACCUUCGAGCCUCUAUUCAAUAUGCCCGAUGUCAAAAUAUCUGACAUCGAAGACGACCUUACACGGUCAACCUCCCUCGUCAUUCCAAAGAUCAUCAUAAGACUACUCUACUGCCUCUCCUACGACCGCAAAAUCUCUCUCAGCAACUGGCAGACCGCCCUCCGUAAACAAUAUCUCAAGCGAGCUCCAGCUGCGAAUCCCAUGGGCCCCGAGCCCUCCAAACCUAUACCCGAAGACGAAGACCCUGAACAGCCAGAGCUGGCUGUGGACAGCGAAGCCAAUGGUACCAUAGACGGGCGCAAUACAGAGGAUCCGAAUUCCUCACCAGCACCCGGAGCUUCAUCGUCGAAAGACGAAUCCGUACCACCGCCUCCUUCUGAGGCGCCCAACGCCGAAACAGAUCCUACCAACGCCCCACACACCAACAUUUCAGCCUCCGCAGACGGCGAAAACCCGUCCUCCGGUCCUUCGAAUGAGCAAGACACAGAUCAGGCCAAAGCCAAGGUGGAAGAGGAGAUUCCGAAGCAGAAGGUCGCCGAGAGCAAGGAUUGGCUCGAGCUUUCGAUGCUGGAGAAGCUUGACUCGCUCCAUCUCCUCACUGAGUGGCAGUUCCAGAACACAUUUCGGUUGAGGCAGAUCAUGAAGAGUGAGGAUGAGACUGCUUCGUGGCGAAUCGAACCUAUCGGUUAUGACUCCAAGUCGAAUGCCUACUGGCUCAUUGGACCCGACCGCCUCUGGAUCCAACAUAUCCCACCCAAACCUCCCCGCUCCAAAACCUCCAAACGCAAACGCCCCACCGGCACCUCCUCGCCCAAGAAACGGCCCGCCCCCACCUCCGACGCCGAAUUCGAAGAAGAACCCGAGACUCUCCCGCCACCAGAAAAGAAGCGCAAAGGAGCGAACGGCGCUGGGUCGAUCGUCAUCCCCGCCCGAUCUACUCGAGCCGCCGCCACAGCCGCCACACCCCCAACAGGCCGCAGCAGUGGCAGAAGCAAGGGCAAAGGGAGAGAGAUCGAGGCGCCCGUAGUGGAGACGUCGACGACGGGAAGGGGAUCGCGAGCUGCGAAGACGCAGGCGAAUUUGAAGUUGGAUGCGCAGGCGAAAGAGUUGGCGGCGUUGCAGAGGAUGGCGGCGAUGGAGAGCAGCGGUGGGAGUCCGCGAAAGUCCCGGGGUGGCGCUGCGCCUGUUGAUUCUGCGUACGGUGUUGGUGUUGGUGUUGGUGGGAGUCCUAGUAAAGGGGGGAGGGUGAUGAGGUCGGCGAGGACGCCGAUUGUGGCGGGGACGAGGACGAGUGCGAGGUUGAGAGGGACGGUGCAGGAGGAGGAGAAGGAGUGGCAGAGUGUACCGGAGGAGUGGUUGAUGGAGGGAGUUGAGGUCGUGGAGGAGGCUGAUGGUGAGGGCGAAGGCGAAGGCUUGGAGGCCGAGAAGACUGCGAAGACAGGCUUGGAGGCCGAGAAGACUGCGAAGACAGGCUUGGAGGAUGAUGAUGAUACGAUCAGCGAGUUGACGGCGUUGAGUGAGGAUGAGGAUUCCGAAGCGGCAGAGACGACGAAGGAUGAGAAGGUGGCUGUCAAUGGCAAUGGUAAGGGCAAGGGCAAGGGUAAGGGCGCCGUGGUCAACGGGAAAGGAAAAGGAAAAGGGAAGGGGAAGGGGAAGGGGAAGACCGUCAAGGUCGAACUGCCCGUCGAGGAGACGGUGGAGGAGCCUGAGCCCGAACCCGAACCUGAGUGGAAACCACCGGCGGACUGGGUCGAAUGGGAGACGCUCUGCGUCACGCUCUACGAUUGGGAGCAUAUCGCUGAGCGCUGGGAGAACGCUACACAUUAUACUGAGAAGUCGCUCUACAAGGUCUUGACCCAGAUCAUCAUUCCGACCAUCGUCGCUGAACUCAGGGAAAUCGAGAACCAGCGACGCUUGGAAGAAGCCAUUGCUUCGCGCAAGCGCUCAUCUCGGCUGCAGAUGAAGGAGAGCGAGAAGGAAGAGAUGAAGCUCGCCGCGCUUAAGAAAGUGGAAGAGGAAGAGAAGAUGUCGCGGGCGAAACGGAUGGAGGCGAGGGCGAAGAAAGAGGAGGAAGAAAGGGAGAAGAGGGAGGAGGCGAAGAAUGCGAGGGAGAAGAGGAGAAGGGAUAGAGAGGAGAAGGAGGAGAGGGAGAGGCUGAACAAGGAGCAGACGGCGGAGCAGAGCUCUAACGUUGGCACACCUACUAUCGAUGUCGUCGGCGACGAGGAAGUUGAGCCACCCAAGCCCAGGAAGAGAGCGAAGCCCAUUCAUAAACCUUCGAAGCCAUCGAAGCCCACCGGGAAGACGCCCACCGGAAAGACGCGCGGCACAACUACGAGUGGAACGCACACUCCCACUAGUACUGGCGAUGACUGGGAGUUGGACUGCGAAGUUUGCGGACGCAAAGGUCUUAAUCAGGAUGGAGCUCUCGCGCUCCUCUGCUGUGGCAAGUGCUCGAAAUGGCAACAUAUAGCUUGCCACGACAUGGUCGAUCGCAAAGCCGGGCGACCACAACGGAAUUGGGACGCAGAAGAAUUCGUCUGCCAGCGUUGUCGUUCGCAAAUAAACGGCAAUGGUACAUAUUCUCGGUCAUCAUCCCAAGGCAUCAUGUCCAACGGCCGAUCGCAUCCUCAAGCGGGCUCUUAUACUCACCAUCCACCAACGUCGACCUAUAUCAACUCCAUUGCUGGUGGCUCUACGCAGUCUCCGCCGUACCUCGCUGCUGCUAAGGAUCCACGGACUGUCAGUCCCCUCCCUGCAGGAUCUGUGCAGUGGAGACCCGAUCCAAGGUCGAGCCAUGCCUCCCUUGCACCGUACUCGCCUUAUUCGUCGUCCAACAUGGGAUAUCAGCAACCUGGCUAUCCUUCGUCGUCGCAUACAGCCCAAUAUGGAACACAAGCAUAUGGCACCGGCUACGGAAUGGCCAAUGGAGGUGGAUAUGUUAACGGGUACGGCACGUCGCAGGCUUACCGUUCGUAUCUUCCUGGAGGCGUGAAUGGCACCAAUGGUGCCGCCGUUCAACAAUGGUCUGGUACUCCGGCCGGUACGGUUCCUCCCAUAGGUGCUCUUCCCUACAACGUCGGUAAAAGUACCUCACCGUCCCCCUAUGUCUUACCACCAACUACAAACAACUACGGCGCAAGCGCGGAGUACUCCUCCAGUGCCGAACGUUCAUCCGCUGCUCUUCCGGUCUCGACACAGUGGAGGGCACCUGGACCGGCGGUGUACGGAAAUGGUUCGAUGGCAGCGGGGUCGCGCGCUGUGGGCUUGAAUGGUGUGGGUGUGGGUCCUGGCAAUGCGCCAGUUGGUGGUGGCGCUGGAUCAUACCCCCAAGAGUACGAGCACUCUACUCGAUCUUAGAUGUCGAAUGUGAAAUUCGACGGACUCGAUGUGGCCCAAACCGGGUCACCUUUAUUUUUCUUCGUUAUUGCUUGUGUUAUAUUAGGCUGUGUCGGCUGUGCUCAGUAAUGCACCAUAGGGGGGUAGUGUUGCUGUUGUAGGUGAUUGUUUUGUCCUUUUUUUUUGUCUGGCUUGUGUUUGUCUCCGGUCUCGAGAUGUAUUUUAUUGUCGUUGCAUGUUCAACUUUCCUCAGCGUUUUGCGUUGUGGUGGAUUUUGUUAGAUUACCUUCGUACCCUG